AUGGCAAACUUCAUUGUAGUGGUCACCGUAACCUCUCACCCUUACUUGCACUCCCCCUUGUAUAUUUUGCUGGCCAACCUCUCUGUCAUUGAUCUCACAUUUUGCUCCAUUGCGGCACCCAAGAUGAUUUGUGAUAUUUUCAGGAAACAGAAAGUCAUUUCCUUUGGGGGCUGUGUAGCUCAGAUCUUCUUUAGCCAUGCUGUUGGGGGUACUGAGAUGGUGCUGCUCAUAGCCAUGGCCUUUGACAGAUAUGUUGCCAUAUGUAAGCCCCUUCACUACCUGACCAUCAUGCAUCCAAGAAUGUGCAUUUUGAUUCUAGUGGCUUCCUGGGCCAUUGGUCUCAUUCACUCAUUGGUCCAAUUGGCUUUUGUAGUACACUUGCCCUUCUGUGGCCCUAAUGUGUUGGACAGCUUUUACUGUGACAUACCUCAGCUCAUCAAACUUGCUUGCACAAAUACCUACAAACUGCAGUUCAUGGUUACUGCUAAUAGUGGGUUCAUUUCCUUGAGUGCUUUCUUCUUGCUCAUCCUCUCUUACAUCUUCAUUCUGGCCACUCUUCAGAAACACUCCUCAGGAGGCCCAUCCAAGGCUGUCUCUACUCUGUCAGCUCAUAUUACUGUUGUGGUUUUAUUCUUUGGUCCACUGAUUUCUUUCUAUGUAUAG